AUGGUAGAUGGACUUGGGGGACUUGCAUGCUAUGCUGCAGUCGGAGGUCACAUGUUAUCAGAAGUCGACCUUUCGAGCUGUUCCGACCUCCGUUCAUUGCUAUGGAGUUUGAAGGCAACUUUCUCCGAGUUUAAAACUCAUGAACACAUUGAGAAUGAAUGCAUUAUGUGGAGACUGAAGAACAGAUUACAAUUUCUCAAGGUUGAGAUAUCAGCUGUGUCUGAGGUUCAUUCUGAUAACAAGCUUAGUGAGAUGGUGGAACUAGUUGAAAAUGCCUGCUGUCAAGCAGAGAAGUGCAAUUUCUCCAAGCAAGCAGCCCAGAUUGGCCAAAACCUUAUCUCGGCUCUCCGUAAUUUCACAGAGGAUUUCUUGCCCCACAUGCAAGAGGAGGAAGAGAUUUUCCAGCCUCUAUUAAUGGAAUAUUUCAGCUACAGUGAGCUUAAAGAAAUUAAAUCUGAUGUGAUUGACAGACACCAGAAACUCACCAAGUACUGCCCAGAGGAAAAGAAAGAGUUAAAAGAUAAUAGAGUUCCAAGUGACGCCUCUCAAAUUGUGACUGAAAAGGAGCAGGUAUUUAAUGAAGAGAUAGAGGAGGAUAACACAUUGAGUAAGAUCCAAGGUCUUCCUGCUGAAUUGCUGCUACAGAUCUUUUCUCACCUUAACCCCUUGGAUUUGAGCCAAUGUAGCAUGGUGUGUACCCGGUGGGCAGGAGUAGCAAGAGAUCCAUCUAUCUGGAAGCAUCUAUAUCCAUCACGCUGGGCUAAAGGAGACUGGCAGUUUGGUGCAUCAAUUCACCUCUCUGAAGAUAAUGAUUGUCAAUCCUUUCAUGAAGAAGAUGUUUACGUUGUUAUUGAUGAGGAUGCUGAUUUUGAUGAAUCUGCUUCAUCAGCAAUUGAAAGUGACGCUAGUAAUGCCAGCAUGAUCAGCUACAGAGCAGAAUGCAUCAGACAGGAGGCUCGCAUGUUGGUUGCCAUGGCAAAAUAUCUGAUACCUCAUGUUGGAGCUGGUGUGGAGACGAUCAUCCUGUGUAAUAGCAAAGGAGUUACUAAUGGCUUGGUUUACAAGUUACUUGUCCAGUGUCCUAACCUGCAAUAUCUCGAUUUGUCUGAAACCAAGAUAUCUGACAUUGCUUUCAAAGGUCUUGGAAGGAAUGGUGUAGGUAGCAAACUAAAGCACCUGGAUAUCUCUGGUUGUGUAAACAUCACAGACACAACCCUCAAGAGGUUAUCAUCUAUCAGACAAGCUCUACUAACUAUGCCAGAUAAUCAGAUCAUCGACAGUUCCAAAGCUGAUUGUCAGCAUUGUAUUAGUGACAAAAAUGGCCGACCGCUGAAUGUAGAUGGUGCCCAUGAUCAAAGAGAUCAGGGAUGUUGCUCAAUUAGGCACUGUGAUGCACAAAAUGAUACAGACAUUGUGAGCAGAAUGCCGCAAGAGACACGUGACAGUGGUUGUCAUUUGAAGAGUGAUGUGAUACACUCUCAGAGACGAUCUAUAGAUUCUGCUCCAAGGACUAAGAGCCGCCAUGUUGGCAGGCAUGAUAGGAGCAGUGAUAGAGAGGGAGAACAUAGCGAUGGUGGAGGAAAGCUAUCAAGUCAGCUUGAAUUCUUGAGUUUAUCAGGAUGUUACAGAAUCACAGAUGAUGGACUAAGGUAAGCUUAUUAUCUAGGUGAAUUUGGUUAAAAUGGUAUCAUCAAUCAUUAAGUGAGAUUGAGACAAAGUAAAGGUCAUUGGUAGAAUAUAAGAGGCCAAACAUUCAAAUGUGUUGAUAUUAUUAAUAAUGUAUUAUUUUUUUUCAGGAUGGGGCAAAAUGUGACAUGUCAGUUUUACCUUGAUGAUAUUAACAUCAGUUCGUGUAAGCUUGAUAUAUGGCUCUGUAUUCUUUUUUUCAAAGAAUGAAUGAAUCCUUUCUUACUAAUGAAUGGAAAAACAAUAACAAGUAUGUGUGUGUGUGUGUGUGUGUGUGUAUAGUAGUAGGAGGAGUAUUAGUAGUAGUAGUAGUAGAAGUAGUAGUAGUAGUAGUAGUAGUAGUAGAAGGAUAGUAGUUGUAGUAGUAGAAGUAGAAGUAGUAGUAGUAGUAGUAGUAGUAGUAGUAGUAGUAGUAGUAGUAGUAGUAGUAGUAGUAGUAGUAGUAGUAGUAGUAGUAGUAGUAGUAGUAGGAGCAGCAGCAGCUACACAGGACUAUAUUCAAUAUAAUGAAAGGUAUUACCACCAACCAUGCAGUAUACCUGUAUGCUGUGGAGUACUACUCUAUCUAUCACUUCAUGUAAACUGAGGUCAAUAUUAUACAGAUAUUGCCUACCUAGAGUUUGAAUAUAACAUUUCCUCUCCCCGACGGAGUUAUAUUUUUCCUAAGGGAUUAUAUUUUGCCCGAAGCGCGCAGCGCUGAGGGAAAAUAUUCUCCCGAGGGAAAAAUAUAGCUUCGGAGGGGAGUUGAAAUGUUAUUUAUUAAAACGAUAGACCAGGCAAUAUCUGUUAUAUUAUAUAGUCUAUAUGGAUCAGAGAUUGCCUUCAUCAUCUGGCCCCGACCCGAAAUUCUUACUACAGCUCUGAUCCGUCUACGUCAUAAUAGAAAAAAUUUGGAAAAUACAUCAAGCGCGUUCUUCAUGCAAUUGACGCAUUAACACUAGCGCGUACAUCAAAUAAACUACAUGAUUACACAACUUGUAAGCAGCGAGUGACGUCACGUUAGUGAAUAUAACGCCGCAAUUGAAAAUACAACGCAGUUAUAUUCACUGAGGUGACGUCAAAACCUCGAAUAUACCAAAUGCGAUCCUCGCAGCUAUGAUCACGUGAUGGCGUAUUGACCUAUCACUGAUUCGAACCUACAUAAGCUAUGUAAUAUAUGAUUGUGGUAACCCAGGUGAGUGUGUAUCUUUUAUUAAUAAGCUUGAAGGGAGAAACAAACACUGUUAAUGAAGAUUCACAAGAGCCUUGUGUGUCAUUCUAAUGUUUGGUACAUUAGAAUAUUUUAUUUACAUUUUUAUACUUCCUUAAAGGGGAAUGAAACCCUUGGAACAAGUUAGCUUGUGUGGAAACAGACAAAUCAAAGAAUGAGAUCAAAGAAAGUUUGAGAAAAAUUUGAUAAAUAAUGAGAAAGAUAAAGAUAUGAGCAUUUGAAUAUUACGAUCACUAAUGCUAUGUGGAGAUCCUCCCAUUAAAAUGCGACAAAGAUGUGUGAUGUCACAUGUGAACAACUUUCCCUUUGAUGGACUAUAAAAUACCCCCAAAAUGUCUUUUCUUUGCUCUUUCUUAUGGUGAUACAAACUAUCCAUAAUGCGUUCUUUGAAAAUCUGAAUUAAAUGCCCUCCUAUACAGUGUGUAAAAAAAAGUUUAGUUUAGAAGGCCACAGAGCUGUGAUUCACAUCAAAUGGCAUAGGCUUGAUUUUCAUAUUGAUAAUCAUUGCCAAGCUUGGGAAAAGUGUGGAGAAUCAAGUAUUAAAUGAAAUAUGAAAUGUGGUCCCACUUUAAAUGAUAAAAAAGAAUGCUGGAGAUGUCUGAAAUAAACUUUUGUUUACAUUCAGUUAUGUCCACAGAUCCAUCUGGCACAAAAAAAAAUGUAAAGGUUGUGCUUACCUAGGGUUAAAAUGUUAAUUUGGGUGGCAAAGUUGUUACCAAAUGUUUAAAUGUAUAUGUUUUUAUUUCAAUUUGCU